CCCCAAUCUACCCUAGUCUACCGUUAGUUAUCUCCAUACAUCCCCCAAAAAACAACAUGGCGACGAAAAAAAUUGUACAAUAUGUAGCGAUAAGAAAAGACUUAUCUUCGUCUUUAAACUGGCCUGCCGGUGCUAUCAUUGCUCAGGCAUGUCAUGCAUGUACUGCUGUUAUUGUUUCGUAUAGAGAUGACCCGUAUUCCGUCGAAUACACGCGAGAAUUGGACCGCAUGCAUAAAGUUGUAGUUGAGGUAUUUUUUUUGUAUGUUGUGUGGAAUUUGUUUUGUUUUUGUACUGUUCUGAGAGGAACUUUAUGUAUCAGGCAAAUUACAGAAAAGGUGAUAAUGAAAAAAAUAAAAACUCAGAUAAUGAAAAAAAUUAUCUGAGCGUUAACACUGACCGCAAAUUGGGCUAUUCCAAUAUUAUCUGCACUGGAAUCUUUGCUGUGCGCGGGGAAGUUCUUCUACGCGCAAUUUUGAUGCUUUCUAUAUAUUUACAAUUAAAUUUUCGAAAUCUUCCCCGUGCAAUUUCCAAACUUUCCAGUCAGCCCCCUCCCCCCUGUUGAGGAACCCCUUCCUCAUGUCGGGACUCCCCUGGAAUUCCCGCAAUUUUCAUGUAAAAUCUACCCCUUCUCCAUGGAAUUUCCAUUUAAAAUUUGGCCCUGUCCAUGGAAUUUGCAUGUGUAAAUUACCCCUCCCUAUGGGAAUUCCAUCAUGGGACAUUUACUCCCAGAAAUUUCCCUCUAACAUAUGUCCUCCCAUCACCCAUGGAAUUUCCAUCCCAUGAAAUUUACCCCUCCCCAAAUCCAUGUGAGAAUUACUCCUCCCCUUGGAGGAGUUGAAUUCCCCUUGAAUUACUCCUCCCACAAGCAUUUUUGCCUUUAUCUCAGGUGGCAAGUGAAGAAGCAUUAACAAAGUUAUCAGAGAAACUGGCAGAAAAUAAGAUGGAUUAUAAAUUAUGGAUAGAACAGCCCGAAAACUAUCCCACAUGCCUCGCAACCAAACCUUACCCGAGAGAUGAAAUAUCGAAAUUCUUUAAGAAAUUUAAAUUAUACCAAUAGG